CGGGGCGCCACUCGCGGCUGGGCGGCGGCAGGCAUGGCCACGGCGGCGGUAACAGCGGCGGCUCGUGGAGCCGGUGCAAGGGCAGUGACGGCUCUGCGGGAUGGCUGCCGGACUGCGGUCCGGGGGCGGUCGCGUGCUGGCCCCGCACGGCCCUUGUGCACAGCACCUGGGACCGCCCCGGACAUGAAGCGCUAUCUAUGGGCGCGCUACCGGGAGGCGAAGAGGAGCACGGAAGAACUGGUUCCUUCAAUUAUGAACAACUUGUUAAAUCCAGAUGCCAUCUUCUCAAACAAUGAGAUGAGCCUAUCAGACAUUGAAAUCUAUGGCUUUGACUAUGACUACACCUUGGUGUUUUAUUCAAAACACCUUCACACACUGAUAUUUAAUGCUGCUCGGGACCUUCUCAUCAACGAGCACCGGUAUCCCGUGGAAAUCAGAAAGUAUGAGUAUGACCCAAACUUCGCAAUUCGUGGACUGCAUUAUGACGUGCAGCGGGCGGUCUUGAUGAAGAUUGAUGCUUUUCAUUAUAUCCAGCUGGGAACUGUCUACAGAGGCCUCAGUGUGGUCCCCGAUGAGGAGGUUAUUGAAAUGUACGAGGGUUCCCACGUGCCUUUGGAACAGAUGAGCGACUUUUAUGGGAAGAGUUCCGGAAACACCAUGAAGCAGUUCAUGGACAUCUUCUCCCUGCCCGAAAUGACCCUGCUGUCCUGUGUGAAUGAGUACUUUCUGAAGAACAACAUUGACUAUGAACCUGUGCACCUGUACAAAGAUGUCAAGGAUUCAAUUCGGGAUGUGCACACGAAAGGAAUCAUGUACAGAGCAAUUGAAGCAGAUAUUGAAAAGUACAUCUGCUAUGCUGAGCAGACCCGUGCAGUGUUGGCCAAGCUGGCUGAUCAUGGCAAGAAGAUGUUUCUUAUCACCAACAGCCCCAGUAGCUUUGUGGACAAAGGGAUGAGGUAUAUUGUUGGAAAAGACUGGAGGGACCUGUUUGAUGUGGUCAUCGUUCAGGCUGAGAAGCCCAACUUUUUUAAUGAUAAGCGGCGACCUUUCCGAAAGGUGAAUGAGAAAGGUGUCUUACUCUGGGAUAAAAUCUACAAGCUGCAGAAAGGCCAGAUUUACAAGCAGGGCAAUUUAUAUGAAUUUUUGAAGCUUACUGGAUGGAGGGGCUCCAAAGUGUUAUAUUUUGGUGACCAUAUAUAUAGUGACCUGGCGGACUUGACCCUGAAGCAUGGCUGGCGAACGGGUGCAAUUAUCCCAGAAUUAAGAUCCGAGCUCAAAAUCAUGAACACGGAGCAGUACAUUCAAACUAUGACCUGGCUACAGACCCUGACCGGGUUAUUGGAGCAGAUGCAGGUUCACAGAGAUGCGGAGUCACAGCUGGUUUUGCAGGAGUGGAAGAAGGAGAGGAAGGAGAUGAGGGAAAUGACCAAAGGUUUCUUCAAUGCCCAGUUUGGGAGCUUGUUCCGCACAGACCAGAACCCCACAUACUUCCUGCGGCGCCUGUCGCGGUUCGCCGACAUCUACAUGGCAUCCCUGAGCUGCCUGCUGAACUACGACGUCAGCCACACCUUCUACCCCCGGCGGACCCCACUGCAGCAUGAGCUGCCCGCCUGGUCUGACCAGCCCCCAGCUGCCCGGCUGCCGCUGCUGCAGGAGGCCCAGGCUAAGUAGCUGGCGGCCCCACCACCCCUGGGCACCAAAAGCCAGGACCGGUGAUGGCCCCACGCUGGGCAGACUCUGCGGGGAUGUGAGCAUCCCUUUUGGAAAUGAUACAGAUAGUCUUAGUGAUACCUGUUUUGUACAUUAUGGAAGAUACCCCCCAGCUCGUGGAGAAGGGAGCUCACAGCUCACAGAGCCCACCCUCCUAUGCACGUGGGGAGGGGACAGCGGCUGGCCUCCUGUCGACACCCUGUGAUCAGCCUUCUUGUUUCCCAAGGUACUGUAUCCAGCAUCAGACUUCCUGGGAUGGGGAGUCUUCUUGAUGUCCUGUAUUCCAGCAGGUGACGUUUUGAAACUCUUCUUAACUCUUCUGUGGAAAGUGCGUGGAAAAUGUUGAACACGCCCAGUGCUGGACCCGGUGACGUGCAUCCACUGGUCAACUGCUGAUGCUUUAGUGGGCACUUGGAUAGCGUACCAUGGUGUCAGCGGCAGAGAUGGACCCCAGGUGGCAGCUGGUUCCCAGACAUCUGGUACUAGGGCUCUGGCACACUGGUGCCUCCCUUGACAGCAGACUCAGCCUCCCUGGAGGUCUUAUGUGAGAAAGAACAGGAGAAGUUGCAAGUCCUUGGCCUUGAUUGUUCUCAGUAUCCAUUUCCUGUGUCUUGCCCCAUGCAGGGGAAGGACCAUGGUGCCCCAAGCGGUGGGCAGGUUCACUCUUCUCUUUCAGAAAAGGAGGACAAGGAGAGAAAAGCUUCUGGUUUAAUGUCCUGCCAGAAGAGCAGACUGUAGAAUGAGGCUGCUACCUGUGAACGAGCGAGAGGACCCAGUGCGUUUGUGGUGGGUAUCCCAGGACUUUAUAGCCCCUGACACUACCACCACACGUGUGUUGCUUGAACCUGCUCAUUGGAGGAUGAAAAAUGAAACGAAAGAAAAUGUCCUCAUAAUUUAAUGCCGUAUGGUGACCCCCUGCUGCCCUCCCAUCAGGUGUUUUGCAAUCUUGUUAAACUGUGUGUUACCAGAAACCAUCCUCGUGGGAGGGCAGUGAGCAGAUACCUUCUCUCCUGAUUCAUCAGCCGAGGAGAGGGGCUUGAAUCCAGCCAGAGCGAGGGAGGUGGCUCUCUCUGCUUAGCUGUCUCCCACCUUCUCCCUUUAGAUUGCUUUCUUGCCAUGUUUAUGUGUCUGUUUUGGGAAUUUCUUUAGUGUCUGUGUUUAAGGUGGGGCAGAUCAAGGACAUUGAAGUUGAGAGAAACAAAGUUGGAAGUAGCCUCACUGAGUGAGUGUUCCCAUUUCUGAGGACAAGGCAAGUGGCACCUAUCCUUAAACCUGAAGGAUACAGGGGCAGAGGAAAGGGGCUUGGGGAGAGACUGCCCGCUUAUUUGGCAUUUUUAAUGGAUUUGUGUGGAGCCAGCUGUUGAGGAAAUGUGAGCGUGGCCUGCCACAGGCUACCUGCCCGAGUGCAGAAAUUAGGUGACCUCUAUAGCAUGUUGUAUGACGCUGUGUGUUUUAAUGGGACUGUUGCUGUUUAGUCGACUCUUGGCAACCCCAUGAACUGUAGCCCACCAGGCUCCUCUGUCCAUGGGAUUUCCCAACCAGGAAUACUGGAGUGGGUUGUGACCUCCUUCUCCAGGGGAUCUUCCUGACCCAGGUGUCGAACGCGCAUUCCUGCAUUGGCAGGUGGAUUCUUUCCUGACUGAGCCACCAGGCGCACCUGUGAUCUUUUCUUAUAUUUAACUAAAAUAGUGAAGGUGACUCUAGACCUAAUAGGCCCAGUUGGCCUUCUUUUUUCCCUUUAUUAUGAGCACAGGUGUCCAUUCCUUUUUCAGGCUGCAGGAGGCACUUUGUUGGCUGUUUGUUAGUGCCUGGGGGUUUUAAGCAUCAGAGUGUAUUGGAGACUGGCAUUUCAGGGGUGCAGGUGGCGUCCAGAACUGCUCAGUGUUGGGGUCCUCAGAGGAUAUGCUGGUGCUUUGGGCUGAUAGUUUCUGCUUUGGAGAAGCUGGUGAGGAAGUAGGUAUUUUAAAACUUUUUCUAAUCAGGUAUUCAUUGGCUAUCUCCUACGUGCCAGUGAUAGGAUGUUUUGUUUACUCAAGAAAAUUGUUACUCAGAAACAACUCAGGACAGCUGUUCUGACUGCUUUCAUGUAUGACUGUUAGGAGACCCAAGCCUGGGGCAAGAAAUACAUUUUCUAGGUGUGUGAAUAAGGAAUUUUAAUGACAUCACCAAUUAAGGUUGAGCAAACUCCAGGAUAUAGUGAAGAAUAGGGAAGCCUGGCAUGCUGCAGUCCAUGGGGUUGCAAAGAGUCAGACAUGAACAACAACUGUGGGCCGUGGCACGUGGUGGUACGGAGGUCUGUCUGCGGAGGACCCACCGAACACGUGCUGGGGCCAGCGCAAUCGGUCAGGACUGCUGUCUCUGUACGAAGGACAGAGGGCUUCUCUUUGUCUGUGCUUCGUCGUUUUAAUUUGUCACUGUCGUGACUCAGCUGGGAUUCAGCACCCUGUACAGCAUUCUGUUCCUCCUGGUUUAGCCUCUGGCGAGCCCGCUGAUGAACGCAUUUGGGUACAAGGGAAGGGAGUCUAUUUUCUACCACUUAGAAGAUCAGUUUGGAAAGUGAGCAGAAUAAAAUUAUCUUGUACAUUGAAAAAUAUUUUCCCUUUUUAGCAUUAGUUAGACUGAUUUUCUCAGAAGGAUGUGAACAAAAAUUCAUAGUCGAGGGGCUGUCUGUGCCCCUAAGGCUCACCAUAGCUGUAGCCAGUUGUCCGGGAAGGGACCUGCACAACUGUUUGUUCCAGAAUCGUUUUUUUUAGUAGAUGAAACCUGGCUUUUAAUAUAUUUUAGGAGUUUGGCUUAGAGCUCCCACUUUCCUCCUAACAUAGCCUUUAAAAUUUUUUUUUCUUUUAAAAAUUCCCUUCACCUCCACUAAUGCCAGCUAACAUAAACCACCUGUUACUGAUUCAGGCCCAUCUAUGACUAAAUUCCUAGUUGCUUUGAAGGCAUUGGUCCUCUUAAUUAGUGCCAAGGAGAAAUACAAAGUCCUCUUUCCUGCUAGCUCAUUUAGCUUGGGAUGAAAUAAAUAGCUUCCCCCGCCCCUUUUCCUCCCCAAAGGCCUCUAGAGCAGUAGUGUGCUGAACACUGGAACUGCAUCUGCUCUGCCAAGUGCUCAUCUGUUGCCAAAGACCCACUUGGGGGCCCUGGUCUGGAAUGUGCUCUCAGACUCAGUCUGGCCAGAGGCAGGGAGGGUUCCUUGAUUGCUCCAUUCAGCUACCCAGGAGCUGUGAUGUGCUGGCUUAGUACUGAUUUCCUUUUGUACUAAUUUCCUUUCUUUUUUCCGUUAGCAUAUGGGAGCUAGGCUCCAAGCCUGGCUUAAGUGAAAACUGAAGUUGCUCAGUCGUGUCUGACUCUUUGCGACCCCAUGGACUGUAGCCCACCAGGUUCCUCUCUCCAUGGAAUUUUCCAGGCAAGAGUACUGGAGUGGGUUGCCAUUUCCUUGUCCAGGGUAUCUUCCCAACCCAGGGAUCGAGCCUGGGUCCUCCCACAUUGCAGCCAGAUGCUUUACCAUCUGAGCCACCAGGGAAGCCCCCAAGUUUAGCUUAGCUUACCUUUAAUACCCUAGUGGAUUGAGGAAGAAAAAGGGAGUGAAGUUUCCCUAAUGUAAGGUUCAGCACACUUUCCCUGUCAAGGACCAGACAGUAAAGACUUACAGCUUUGCGGGCCGUUUCCUGCAGCCCCUCCUCUAGGACUGGGCCUGCCUAUGGUCCAGGGCAGCCUGGCCUCUGAAAACAGGCUGCCGGCUGGAUUUGGCCCUUGGGUGGUGGUUUGCCGACCCCUGCAUCGACAGACUGUGUGGGUGGCCAUGAUGAGAUGAUGACUUUGCUAAAAGUGUGUGUGCAGGGUGGUAAGCAACCACAGAACGCAACUGUGUGCAGCCAGUGUAAAUAAGUUCUGUAGGCAAGUGCGCAUCUUCCCCUACGAGCUUCUCUCUGGACAUACUCACUUAUGUGGCCAGUGGUAACAUACUGUGUUUCCAGCACAUGGCAUGAUUGUCAGCUGUGUGACUGAGUGGCCAGCUCGGCACUCAUUGAAAUAUACCUCUCAUUGUGCUCAUCUGUGAUUGUGCUAGUAGCGUUGUGAUGGGCUUGGCUACCCUGAAGGACUUUAUCCCCCAACUGCUGUGGGGGUUGGUUGCUGCUGGCUCACUGUCUGCAGCUGUGGGUCCUCUCUGGGAGCUUCCCCCUGUUGAAGAGUCCUGCCUCGGAUGAGGGUGUGGUCAGACUCCCUCCCUGGAGCAACUCUGAAGGCCCAUCAGCUCCUUCCUGCCCUCCUUCCCUUUUCCCAGGCGUGCAUCCCAAGGACAGUUCCCUGUAAACUUCCCGUGUGAGACUCCCCACCUCAUGCCUGCUCUCUGGAACUGACCCACAACACUGCUCUGUACUUUUCUACACUGCAGCCUUGAACUCUAACUUAGGACACUGUUUUCUAAUUAUUUAAUAGAAGGACAGAUGUUGCCUGUUUAAUUUCAGGCACGGUAAAUGCAAAUUAGGUAGACUUGCUAUUUAUCCUGAAUGUGAAUUUGCUAUUUAUUCUAAAUAUUGAUUUUAUGUUACAUGACGUCGAACUUACUGCCAAAUAAAAGUUUGAAUUAUAUUGUCCAGUUUACUCCCAGUCAUCUGCUUUUGUGUGCUUCAGUUAGUGGCAAAAGUCACAUCACAUUCUCAGUCAGUUCAGUCGCUCAGUCGUGUCUGACUGUGACCCCAUGAAUCGCAGCACGCCAGGCCUCUGUGUUCAUCACCAUCUCCCGGAGUU